UCUACACAGAGAAUUAGGGCUCGGUUGGGCCUAGGACAGACUCUGGAGCCUCUGUAUAAGGAUAACAUAUGCAAAGGAAUAUCGAAAAUCCCUAGCCAAAUUCUCUGAUUUCCUUUAUCCCGUUCCCUUUAAGCUAGGGAGACGUUAGAUCAUAGAGAAAGCAAUCUCUUUCACAGUAGUGUAGAAGGUGGUCAAAUUAGCAGAAGAUGGCUGGAGAAAGGAGAGUGCACCCAGAUUGUAUAAAUGCAUCUAAUCCAUACCAUGAGUGUGUCGAAUAUUGCUUCAGAAAAAUUGCAGAAGCUAUGGCACAAAUGAGUAAGAAAGAAACAGAAGUUGUGCAAGAUAAAGGUGGAAAUUAUGGGUCCACCACACUUGCUUCUGAGCAAGAUGAGGUACAGCAUGAUGAAAGAUCAGUUUUUGAAGAAGAGUCUGAUGAUGACGACAAUCAUCCAGUCCAGGAAAAUGUGGAAGGAGAUGGUACACAACUUACUGGGAGGCAGAAAAAAUUGUUUGAGUUGAGGCUUAAGAUGAAUGAGGCUAGAAAAGCCAAUCAAACAGCAAUGGUAGCUGAAAAGAAAAAAAUGGAAGCUGCACCAGAAUCAAGGGGCAUUUCUAAACAAAAAUGGCUUGAAGAUAGGAAGAAAAAAAUUGGAAAACUUUUAGAUGCAAAUGGUUUGGAUAUGAAAGAGGCAUACAUGCUGGAUACACAAGAGGCCGCUGAGGCAAAAUAUAAAAAAUGGGAAAAAGAUCCUGCUCCAUUUGGUUGGGAUGUUUUCAAUCAGAAGACACUCUACAAUGCGCAUAAAAAGCGGUCAAAGAACAUCGAGGUUGAUCUAGAAGAAUAUAACAAAAUGAAAGAAGCUGAUCCUGAGUUCUACCGUGAAGCCUCAAGUCUUCAAUAUGGAAAGGCACCCAAGAUAUCUGAGGACAAGAUUGACCGGAUGGUGAAGGAACUCAAUGACCGGGAGGAGAAACGCAAGUCAUUUAGUCGAAGGAGGAGGUUCCGUGAAGAGAAGGAUAUUGACUCGAUUAAUGACCGUAAUGAGCAUUUCAAUAAGAAGAUUGAACGAGCUUUUGGCAAAUACACGCUGGAGAUUAAGAACAAUCUUGAGCGAGGAACUGCUUUGCCUGACUAAGCAUCUUGUUUGUACAAACUGAUUGUAAAAAUCAAGGGUUGGAAAUCUGCACUAACUGGGCAUCUUUGCUCGAGCAUCUCCAAGCAUGAAUAUGGUGAACUUCACUUCUGGAUGCAAGAUUGUUUAUAUUUGGUUGUCUUUUGAUAACUAUACAAGUGAGAGAUAUUGUUCUUGCGGUUUUAAAUCACACAAGCGACUAAACUUAAGUGUAAUUUGAUUGGCUUUGUAUGUCAUCGUAAGUUCGUCAUUGUAAUCUAUGUUGCAAAUGCAGCUUUUGUUGGAUUUAUAGAAGAAAGACAGCUCUGGAGUUUUUCUA